CAGCUUCACAGGUGUGUUCAGAGAGUUAAGAGGAAACUCAGACUCCAGGAGUGACUGAUUCAGCAGCGGCUUCAUUCAUACAGACUUUACCUGAACAUGCUGCACAGCAGACGACUGAUGGCCGUGGAGCAGAACCGGGCGGUCGUGGUGUCCGUGGAACAGUUCUACCCAGGUGUUCCGCUGAGCCACCGGCACGGAGCCAAGCGGGACGCCAAGAAGCUCCACAAAACCCUGAGCAGGCUGGGCUUCAAGGUGCAGCUGCACAACGACCUGAGCAGCGACGAGAUCUACGAGCUGUUCUGGAAAGAGAGCCGGCGGCCGGUGAAGGACUGUUUCUUGGCCGUCUUGUCGUCUCACGGCGAGGAAGGCUGCGUGUUCGGAGCUGAUGGGGAACCCGUCCAACUGUCUCGGAUCUUCUCGUAUUUUGGCAACAAAUGCAUGGAGAACAAGGCCAAAAUGUUCCUCAUACAGGCCUGUCGAGGCCACGCUCUGGACAACGGCGUGGAGGUGGAUUCAGUGUGUGACACCGUAGACAGCAGCUCCUCACAGUGCCUCUCUGUUCCCAUAGACACAGCUGUGAUGUACGCCACAGCGCCAGGUUAUGGAGCGUUCAUGCACCCCCUCGGUUCAGUGUUCCUCCAGACAUUCUGCACCUUGCUGCAGGAGGACGGCCAUCGGGACCUGGAGCUGACCCGUCUGAUGACCCGGCUCUCCCACCAGGUGGCCUACACCUUCCAGGCCAAAGGGCGCGAGCUGGGCGGGAAGAAGCAGAUGCCGUGCCUCGUGACGAGCCUCACCAGGGAAGUGUUCCCAUUCGCUGAUCCGGAGAAAGAUGUCAGGAACGUGGAGAUCUCGGCCGCGUUCCCGCCAGAGAAAGACGUGGGGAAGGUGGGGAUCUCAGCCACGAAGCUGGUGGAGAAGGGGAACGCCAGAACGCGGACUCCCUCCAUCAGUUAGACGGUGAUGAUGACCAGCAGGAGGGUCGACUGACGGCAGCAGGACCUGAACGAGACAGAAAGCUGCUUUCUCCUAAAACUGUCCAUGAAGGAAAUGUUCUGCACAAACUGUACAUACCUGUCGAGUGUUUACACGUGUUCUGGUGUUUCAUGUAUUUAUGUGUCAAUAAAGAAUAAACAGAAUAAAUCUAA